AGGGUCGUCCCGGGGACAGGAGGACUCGAGUCCGACCGUGACCGGCGUCGUCAUGGGUAUUGAGGGGGCGUCCGAGCUGCGUGAUUGGCUCUUCCUGCUCCUCCUCUGCCUGACCCUGCUGGCGGAGGUCAUGGAGGUCGUGGCCGCCGCCCAGGGCUACCUGUCCGACAGCGACAUUGUCUGUCCGUCCGUGUGUCGCUGCGAUGAAGACUUCAUCUACUGCAACGACCGCGGCCUGAGCUCCAUCCCCCCGCUCCCGCCGUCGGCCAGCGUGCUGUACCUGCAGAACAACCACGUGGACAACGCGGGCCUGCCAACCUCCCUGGAGCACCACCUGGCCGUGCGCGUCAUCUACCUGUACGACAACGAGCUGGACGACUUCCCGCUGCACCUGCCGCCCUCGCUCCGAGAGCUGCACCUGCAGGACAACAACAUCCGCACGCUGCCGCGCUCGGCGCUGGCCCGCAUGCCCCUGCUGGAGAAGCUGCACCUGGACGACAACUCCGUGUCCACGGUGAGCAUCGAGGACCAGGCCUUCAUCGACAACCCCCGCCUGCGUCUGCUGUUCCUGUCGCGGAACCACCUCUCCAGCAUCCCCUCGGGUCUGCCCGCCUCCCUGGAGGAGCUGCGCCUGGACGACAACCGCAUCUCCACCAUCCCCACGCACGCCUUCCGGGGCCUGUCGUCCCUGCGGCGCCUCGUCCUCGACGGGAACCUGCUGGCCAACCAGCGCAUCGCCGACGACACCUUCUCCCGCCUCUCCAACCUCACCGAGCUCUCGCUGGUGCGGAACUCCCUCCAGGCGCCGCCCCUCAACCUCCCCGCCGCCCACCUCCAGCGCCUCUCCCUCCAGGACAACGCCCUCACCCACGUGCCCCGGGGGUCGCUGGACGGCAUGCGGCGCCUGGCGAGGCUGGACCUGUCGGGGAAUAACCUCACCACCCUCCCCAAGGGCCUGUUCAGGGACCUGGACAGCCUGGCCCAGCUGCUGGUCCGAGGGAACCCCUGGCACUGUGGCUGCAACCUGCGCUGGCUGUACGACUGGCUCCACGCCCGCGGGAACACCAUCACCGUGAGGGGCCUCACCUGCCAGGGCCCGGAGACGGUGAGGGACAUGGCCCUCAAAGACCUCACCAGCCAGAUGGAGGACUGCGAGGUGGCUGGGGGGGUCUCCAUGGGGGGCGGGCCCCCGAUUACGGGGAGCAGGGACAGAGGGGCAGUCGGUGGAGGAGGCGGGGGUAUAGCCGCCAGCUCCACCACGCUCUCCCCCCCCCAGGGCGGGUCUCUGUUCACCCUCCGCUCCAAGAGGCCCGGCCUGGGGAUCCCGGACUCCGGCCUGGACUACACGCUGGGCAGCAGCGGGGUGGGGAAGAGCCUGGCUCUCAACGUGAAGCCCCUGGCGCACGACAGCAUCCGCGUGACCUGGAGCGUGGCCACGCCCAGCUCCUCCUUCCGGCUGAGUUGGCUGCGGCUGGGGACCAGCUCGGCCACGGGCUCCAUCACCGAGACGCUGGUGAGGGGCGACCGCCGCGAGUACCUGCUCACCUUGCUGCACCCCGCCUCCAGCUACAUCAUCUGCAUGGUGCCCCUGGCCGGGAGCUCGGGGGGGGGCAGGGCGGGAGGCGGGGGGUUGAUGGCGGGGGCGGGGGCGGACGCCGACUCGGAGGAAGCCCCGGUGUGUGCCAAAGCGGAGACGUCGGACCCCAGCCAGCCGGACGGCGGCCAGGAGGAGGACAGGGAGACCCAGCAGACGUCCACCCUGCCCCUGGCGGGCAUCAUCGGAGGAGCCACGGCCAUUGUCUCCCUGGCGCUCAUCUUCUCCAUCUUCUGCUGGUACGGCCACCGCGCCGGACGCCUGGCGACCAGGGACCACUACACGCGCAGCAGCGGCGCGCGCAAGAGCAAGCACUACGACGACUACAUCGAGUCGGGCACCAAGAAGGACACCACCAUCCUGGAGAUACGAGGACCUGGCUUCCAGAUGACUCCCAUGGCCACCAGGCAGCCCCUGCAGCCCAAGCCUCUACGGGAGGAUUACAUCAUCCACACCAUCUUCCCCUCCAACGGCACCGGGCCGUACAAAGGCCCCCAGCCCGCCCCCAACCCCGGCUACGGCACCAACCGUGGCUACCGAGAAGGAGGCAUCCCAGAUAUCGAUUACUGUUAUACGUGAUAGGCCGGGCCGAGCCCACGCACCACCGAUUGACUGUAUAGAUGCACAGUUCCUGUCCACAUGGGAUCGUCUACAGCACCCGUUUGUGCCUUCUUCUUCUUCUUCUUCUUCUCCACCUCCACCUCCUUCCGCUCUCCCAUUCCACUUGAGCCCACUGCUCCCUGCAACAUAACGAUGUGAUUAAUUGGUUGCGAUGCUGGCAGAAGUGUUUUGCUGUGCACUGCAGCAGGAGCUGAUGUCCCAUUACAGCUGUUGAUGCACACGGCUCCUCUCACCCUACUAAGAUCAGUGUGCUUUUCCCCUGGCCGCUCGGCCGCUCACCGAGAGAGGGGCGCGUGGCCAACUGUCGUGUCGUGAACUGCAGAUCGGGGGAUGGAAACCUUCUUCCUCAGAGAUUCUUUCGGUGCCCAUGUAGAACUGAGACCAGCUGGAUGGCCGCAGAGAGAGAGAGAGAGAGAGAGAGAGAGAGAGAGAGAUGAGAGAGAGAGAGAGAGAGAGAGAGAGAGAGAGAGAGAGAGAGAGA